UUUUAGAUGACAAGUGUGAAGCUCUUUCUUGAGAUUCUUAUACCAUUUUUCACCACCCUGUAAGUUCAUAGAUCUUGAUGGUCUUUCCUUUUUAUUCAUUUAAGGAAAAGAUCCUUUUUUUGUUGAUUAAUGGUUGUUCAGGCAAUGGCUUCUGGGAGCUUGGCAAGACAAGGCUCUGUUUAUAGCUUGACACUCAGUGAAGUUGAGAACCAUUUAGGAGAACCUUUGCACAGUAUGAACCUUGAUGAACUAUUGAGGAACAUACUCCCUUGUGAUGCAAAUACAUCCUUGUCAAUGAAUAUAGGGAGCAUGAGAUAUAGUUCAAGAGCAGUGUCACAGGAACUUAGCAAGAAGACAGUGGAUGAGGUGUGGAAAGAGAUACAACAGCUGAAAAACAAAGGGAAUGAAGACAGGAAUUCAGUUAAUGCAUUUGGAGAGAUGACAUUAGAGGACUUUUUAAUGGAGGUUGGAGUUGUUUCAGAAAAAAGGAUUGAUGUGUUUGGCAAUGCUAAUGAACAUGUUCAUUGGUUGCAGCAGUAUCAGCAGAUGCCAAGACACAUUUUGGAUAAUUCUGUUUAUGGUGAUACAACUGCGAAUUUGCAGAGAACUUUGGUAGGUACAAUGUCUGAUCCACUUGUGUCGGGAAGGAAGCGAAUGGCCGAUGAAGAUAUGGUGGAAAAGGCGGUGGAUCGAAGACAGAAAAGGAUGAUCAAGAACCGGGAAUCUGCCGCUCGAUCACGAGCUAGAAAACAGGCAUAUACUAAUGAGUUGGAGAACAAGGUUUCUAGAUUGGAAGAAGAGAAUGAGAGGCUGAAGAAGCAGAAGGCAUUGGACAAAAUACUAAGGUCUGCUCCUGAACCUGUGACAAAGAAUCAGCUUCGCAGAACAAUUUCGGCCCCUCUGUGAACAAUUAUAUACUAAUUCCUCUUCUUUUGUGUUUGACCAUUUGGUAGAUCUAUGCAUUUGAGCUCACCGAAUUACUUAUACUGCAAGCUCUUACCUGUCUUCAAUUUAGAGCUUUACAGACAACAGAAUUCUUCGUAUCUGUCCUUC